UUAAGGUUGCCGCCAUCUCCAAGCAAGCGCCCCCCGCCGCAUAUAGCGUAUAUAUAUAGGCCGUUGCUUUCACAACCUCUGCUCCUUGCAAUUGUGUAUACUAUAUCCUCUCUACCUUUUCUCAUCUUCCAUCUUCGUUUUCUUUCUCUCUCUCUAUAUACAUUUGUUCUUUUCAACUUCAUCGUCUCAGCAUGCAUCUGCCUCUCUUCAAGAAGUUUUCAGAGAUGAAAUCCGCUUUCAUCAUAAAAUCACCAAGAAGAAAUUCCAGCGAAAAUGAGGAUAGCUUGGGGCGCAAGUCAUCGAGCGUCAGCCAUGAAUACAUGGCGGCCUUUAGGACCAAUUCUUACGUUGAAAUCUACGACAAAGUUCAAUUACAGCUAGCUGCAGCCGCAAGAAGCAAAGAAAUUGUUGGGGGCGAUAACAGUUCUCCCAUAACUUCUUCAUCUUCUCCUUCUUCCCCUCUGAUCAGCCGCCAUGAAAGCUUAUUAUCACCAGGAUGCAAGCUUCUGCUUAGCCAAGAAAACAUGGAAGAAUUGCCCCAACAAGCUUCUAAUACCCACCCUCUACUCAACGAGUACUUCGUUUUAAGCUUAGAAGCCUGUGGGAUCUGCGAAUCGCUCCUCAAAAUCGUUCUACAAACUCGAGCGGAUUACAAGAGCGUGAAGAAAGCUGUCGAGAAAAUCGACGAAUUCCAGAGAAACGAUGUGUGGGGCGAGGAGCAAGUGAAUCAGGCGUACGGGGAAAUCGCGGGGUUGUCGCUGUUUGGAAACCCUUUGUCGGGGGUGCGGUUUAAUGAGGUACGAGAGGGUCACUUCGGGCUGCUAGACAGGCUCACAUCGAAGAAGGGGAGGGUAGAGAGGAGGAGGAAACAUAUUAGGGUUUUCAAGGUGGCUCUGGGGUCGACCCUUCUGGUUGGUUAUACUGCGGUCAUGAUUACCUUUACCAUUCUCACAGUUCACUUUGUGGUUUGCACUAUGGCCGUCCCGGGCCUAAUUGCACUUUCGUUGGGCAUGGUCAAGAGGCUCAAGGAGGCGAAACGAGGGAUAAUCCCGCGAAAAGGGCUUUAUAUGCAGCUUGAUGUGGCCGCGAAGGGGCUUUAUGUAUUGAUCAAUGAUUUUAGUACGGUGAGCCGGCUAGUGGGGAGGUUGAGUGAUGAAAUGGAACAUAACAAGACCAUGGCUGACCUGUGGGAAAGGAAGCAUUGUGAUGAUGUGUUGAAGGAAGUGGUGAGGAAUUUUGCCCUACAAGAAGAGUGGGUCUUGGAGGUGUUGAAAGAGCUUGAGCAGCACAUUUAUUUGUGUUUUCUCAACAUUAUGAGGUCUAGGAAGAUGAUUGUGAAGGAAAUUGUGGGGUGUGACGAGCCCGUCUCGCAAGAUCAGCAAUUAGCUUUGUUGGACAGGGAUACUAUCGAGGUUUGAAAUGGCAAAAUCAACAAUUAGCUUUGUUGGACAGUGAUACCAUACUAUCGAGACUUGAAAGGGCAAAAUCAGCAAUUAGCUUUGCUGAAUUGCUGGACAGUGAUUUUACGUACCGAGGUUUGAAAGGUUAAAUUCAGCGUUCUGUUAUAAUCACGUUUGAGAUGUUGCAUUUGAUUUGACAAGUUGCGUCCUACAUAGUUUUCAAGUUUAGGGUUUGUAUGGAAUUGUACAAUUUGGACUCUUGUUGUUUUUGAUUGUUGACAGUUUCAGUAGUUUAUUCACCACCCAAAUGUAGGAGAAGAUGAUGUUUUUUACCCUCAGUCCUGGUGGAUAAACUUGUUAAGAAUAAAGAACAUUUUGAUACUACAGGUUGUACCCUCGUUUGUCUUGGUGUUCUUAGGAUCUUAGCUCCAAUAUUUUGAUGAUAUUUCAAUAAAGCUAAUGAAAUUUCUAUUUGCUCCA